AUGAUCCCAAGGUUGUGCGCAGACUUUGACAUUGCUAUUAUUUGCGCAUUGCCUGUUGAGUUCGACGCUGUAGAGGCUUUGUUCGAUCAGCGCUAUGAUGACACAGCUUAUGAAAAACAUCAUGGAGACGCAAACUUUUAUCGGACUGGGAAGAUUCACCAACAUAAUGUGGUGCUGGCAUGUUUACCAGAAAUGGGAAAACGGAGCGCUGCUAGUGUCGCAUCAAGUCUACAAUGCACUUUCGCAAAUAUCUACUUGACGCUACUGGUGGGCAUUUGCGGGGGUGUGCCCUACCCUCUAGGAAAGACAGGAGAUACGGAACUUAUUCUAGGGGACGUUAUCAUCAGUCCCAGCAUCGUCGAAAAUGAUUUCGGAAAGCAAUACCCUGAUAAAUUCCAGCCGAGAGACAGCGUUAUAGACAUUACUGGCCGGGACCGACGUAUUCGUACGCUUCUGGCAGCUCUGAGGACCUCUCGAUUCGAGAACGAGUUUCAGGAAAGGCUCUCAAGUUACCUCAUGAAUCUUCGAAACUCGGAUCUAAAAUGGGACUACCCAGGUGCUGAACAUGAUAAAUUAUUUGAAGCAGAUUAUCGUCAUAAACACCACGCUUCAAGCUCUGAAAACAAGUGUAUAUGUGGAACUUGUGAAUCCUCUCGAGAUCCUGUCUGUGAUGAGGCGCUCGAAAGUGAUUGUAGCAAGCUUGGUUGCAAUGGGGCGCUGGUGAAUCGUGACCGUUUAUCUUCAUGUGAUCUAUCUCCUCAAAUACAUAUUGGAGCCCUAGGCUCUGGAGAUACCGUGAUGAAGUCGGGAGAACAUCGUGAUAAGUUAGCAAAAGCAGCAAAGAUUAUGGGCUUUGAGAUGGAAGGGGCAGGUGUGUGCGACAACCUACGUUGCAUCAUCAUCAAGGGUAUCAGUGACUAUGCGGACAGCCACAAAAGCAAGAUGUGGCAGCAGUAUGCCGCAGCGACCGCUGCGUCUUGCUGCAAAGCCUUUCUUGAAAUUUUGCCAAAAAGCCCUCAAAAAAGCCCGCCUUUGUUUAUUGAAGAUAGAGUCACUGCUUUCGAAGUUGGGGUCAACGGGAGUUCAAACAGGACAUUAGAUCCGGUUAAUUCUGCAAGUCCUUCAGAACCCAGGUUGACUUCCCUGGAUGGAUCUUCGGAUGGUCAUCAAGAUGGCUAUCGAUGGGACUUGACUUCGAUAACCUCCGACAUCGACGACAUGGAGCACCAUUUGAAUGCCCUUGAAAAGGAGCUGCACCGAAUCAAGAGCAAUAUUGAAAAUCCUCUGGUCAAGAGCGUGUUGAUAUCAGGAGUUACUCAAGCGGUACAAAGCAAUUCACAGACGCUACGAAGCUCACAAGGAAUGGAAUCCUUUCAGGUAUCAUAUUACGAUACUAGCUUUGGCAGGAUAAUAUCUCGGACACGGAUCGAUAGAAAUACUAUGAGAGCAGUAGAAGAUGGCGAAAUCUGCACGCAUUACAGGACAACAACGUCGUUCAUUUUUCAUCCUGCGUCUCGGCUCAUUAGAAUGGGGUUGAAAUCUGGAUUGGAAGCCAUGACUACCAGCUCCCGGGCUGGAUGGCGUUACAACAUAGUCCCAGUUCGCUCUAUACCGGACGAUGCAUUGGUCUUCGAAUUCUGCAGUCAGGGUAAUGUGGACGCUGUCCGUGAGCUUUUUCAAAGAGGAGACGCUUCUGUGUUAGAUGUUGAUAGUGAUGGGUGGAUGCCGUUACCUUUCGCUGCCCACUAUGGGCAUCUUGACUUGGUCAAAUUUCUUCUAUUGCAAGGUGCCGAUAAAGCAGCAAGCGGAUACGACAAUACUACCCCUGCUGCGCUAAUAUCAUCAAAAGGCGAAGCCAUAGAACUGCUACGAUUGUUUGAUGAUUGUAUUGAUUUAUCUGAGCCAGAUUCCCAAGGGUGGGAAAUUUUUGAAACUAUUACAUACAGCUGGGGGGACUUCGAGGUGAAUGUCGCACAUGGUGUCCUCUCUUUCUUUCUUCAAAAGUAUAGAAUAGAAACACUCGACAGUUAUUAUGAGGCACCCAUUCGGCAUGCUUUAUGGACGUCAAUUAACAUUUUGUUGGAUGCGAAGAGCCUUCAUCUCCUCUUGGAAUUUGACCCUCAAACACAUUCUGUCGACUCCGCGUUCCCUUCUUACUACUAUCCUUCGCGACCUUUGGUUUUUGAUAUUGUUGCAGCACCUCAUACCACCACAGACAUUUUGCGGUAUCUGAUGGAAAAAGGGGCAAACAUCCAUCGUGUAGAUGACGGUGCGACUCCGACCUCAAUGGCACUUCGCUUAUCCCAUCAAUUCCUACCCUGGCGUGAUCGAUUAUGGGCAAUAUAUCAGAAUUUGGAUGAGUUUAUUACGUCCAAUAAUCCCACCACGUCCAUACUAAAGGAAUCCGGUUGGCAUCCUGAAACACUUCACAUCAUUUUUUCAUUGGGCUUUAAUGAAGCUCGUACUCAUACGCGAGAGUCCGUUUCCGGUUUCUAUGACAGCAUUCAUUGCAAAAGACACUGUUAUUCAUGGAUAGAGCCUUGGUGGGAGGCUUUGAAAUACCGCGUGAAAACACAUCAAUGCAUAUCUUCCAUGCUGGAGAAUGCUGGCAUGCAUCUUGAUAAGAAAUACUUCGGUGAAUUAUCUUCAGAGCCCAAGGUUUGUUAUGAUAGUGAGGAUGGAGAUAUUGUGCGCAAGGUACCCGCAUACAAGCAUCUAGCCUAUUUGAGUCGGGCAGAAUAUAAAUUCUAUCGUCGAGGAGGAAACUGGAGAUUUCACUAUGAGCCGGGUGAAGUAUGGUGUUUGGAAUGUCUAAUAGAGCGGGAGAGUAUUGAUGAGGCUUCAAGUGAGAGUUCCGAUACAGAAUCUUCAGAUGAGGAUGUUGAUAUGGAAAGUUCGGAUAAUGGAGAAGAAGAAGAGGAGGAGGAAGAGGACGAUUAUGCUUCAGAUAUCUCGCUUGACUAG